UCCCGGUGCCGGUGCCCAUGGCCGGGGAGAUGCCGGGGGAGCCCCGCACGCUGCGGCUGCAGCACGGGAACCGCAUCGAGGCCCUGUGCGUGCUGGGCAGCCACGUCCGCGCCGACGUGUUCGGGGCGGCCCCCGCCGGGGCCGUGGCCUUUGGCGUGAAGCACACCGAGGGGGUCAGCGUGGACGUGCUGCUCCGCGGCCGCGAGCCCGAGGCCGUGGCCGGAGCCGGCGCGCGGUGGCCGCUGGACGAGGGGACGGUGCUGAGGUUCAGCAUGAGCCGGGCCAGCUCCGAGGUCAACGACAACAAGGUCACCGUCAGCUUUUACGCGGACGGAGGGAAGCCCAUCAACCAAGCCGGGGUGUUCCUCACGGGCGUCGGGAUCUCCCUGGACGUGGACGCGGAUCGGGACGGGGUGGUGGAAAAGAACAGCCCCAACAAGGCGAGCUGGGCCUGGGGACCAGAGGGACACGGGGCCAUCCUGCUGGUCAGCUGUGACAAGGAGUUCCCCUUCAUUCCGCCCUCCGACUGCGGCAGCGAGCAGGUGUUCGACAGGGAAGAUCUGCUGGACAUGGCUGAGAUGGUGCUGAGGACAGAGGGGCCCCAGCGCCUGCCCCGGGGCUACGAGAUCGUCCUCUCUGUGUCUGCCAACGACGCCGACAACGUUGGGGUCUUCCACGUGCAGAAUCCCUUCUUCGGGCAGCGCUACGUGCAGGUGCUGGGCCGCAGGAAGCUGUUCCACGCCCUCCCCUACCCCGGCGGCAGCGCCGAGCUCGGCUUCUUCGUGGAGGGGCUGCGCUUCCCCGACGAGACCUUCUGCGGGCUGGUGUCCAUCCACGCCAGCCUGCUGGAGCGGCUCCCUCAGGGCAUCCCCCACUCGCCGAUCUUCACGGACACCGUGGUGUUCCGGGUGGCUCCGUGGAUCAUGACCCCCAACACCCUCGCCCCGGUGAACCUCUUCGUGUGCAGCAUGAAGGACAACUACCUGUUCACCAAGGAGAUCCAGAGCCUGGUGGCCAAGGCCAGCUGCAAGCUGAAGGUUUGCUUCGGCUACAUCAACCGCGGCGACCGCUGGAUGCAGGAUGAGAUCAGGCUCGGCUAUACCCACGCUCCCCACAACAGCUUCCCGGUGGUGCUGGACUCCCCUCGGGAGAGAGGGAUGGAGCAACUCCCCGUCAAAGAGCUGCUGGGCCCCGAUUUUGGCUACGUGCACAAGGAGCCCCUCUUUGAGGCCGUGGCCAGCCUGGAUUCCUUCGGGAACGUGGAGGUCAGCCCACCCGUGUCCGUGGCUGGCAGGGAGUAUCCCCUGGGAAGGAUCCUCAUCGGCAGCAGCUUCCCUGCAUCCGCGGGCCGCAGGAUGACCAGGCUGGUGAGGGAUUUCCUCUAUGCCCAGCGAGUCCAGGCCCCUGUGGAGCUCUACUCCGACUGGCUGGCCGUGGGCAACGUCAACGAGUUUGUCACCUUUGUCCCUGCCUCUGACAAAAAGCGGUUCCGGAUGCUGCUGGCCAGUCCGGCCGCCUGCUACCGGCUCUUCCGCGAGAAGCAGAAGGAGGGACAGGGAGAAGCCACCAUGUUCAAAGGGUACUCGGGGACAGACACCAAGCGCGUCACCAUCAACAAGGUGCUCUCCAACGAGGUCCUGGCGCAGCAGAACCAGUACGUGCAGCGCUGCAUCGACUGGAACAGGGAUAUCCUCAAGAAGGAGCUGGGCUUGCUGGAGGAGGACAUCAUCGACCUGCCGGCCCUCUUCAAGCUGGACAAGCAGGGCAAAGCCGUUCCCUACUUCCCCAACAUGAUGCCAAUGUCCCCUGCUGUCACCACGACCCACCUGGGCAUCCCCAAACCCUUCAGUGCCACCCAUUCUGCUGUCCCUGGUGUCACCAUGAUUGACAUGAGUGUCCACAAUCCCUUCAGUGUCACCCGUUCUGCCGCCACUGUCCCCGGUGUCACCAUGAUCGAUCUGGUGUCCUUGAAGGGCCAUAAAUUUAAGAUCCCAGAUGUCCAAGCUUCAAAUCCCUUUGGCUUCAUUGAAGCUUGUCAGGGUUAG